CUGGUUAAAGUGUGAUUUUAAUGACAUGAGCUGAAUCAAUCAAAAGCGGCUAUUUGAGACUUUGAUGAUAAAAGCUUGCUGUAGUAGAUGCACUUUAGCCUCUGAUAAGCUCAUGGUUUUCUCUCUGCUGUUUUUUAAUCAGAUUUUGUCUUUGAUUUUGAAACUUGGAAGCAGAGAUGGCAAACAGACUGGAAAGCAAGAGAGACCAAAGUCCAAGGGGUAAUCGUCCCAACAUGAGUGAUCUGAGGAUUGUCCUGCUGGGGAAGAACGCAUCAGAAAACAAAAGAGUGGGAAACUUAAUCUUAGAUAAAAAUGUGUUUGACAAGAAAAUGUUCCCAUCUGAUGUAGAGGAGCACAGUGAAAAAGUGGAGGGGAGAAACAUCACAGUCAUCAGCACAAUUCACCUGCUCAACUCACAAUUCAAACUACAGAAACUAGCACAGAAGGUGUCUGAGUUUUCUCCUCCAGAACCUCAUGUGAUCAUACUGGUGCUGCAGCACAAUGAUUUUAGUCAGAAGAUUAGAGAGAUAUUACCUUCAGUGUUGAACUGCUUUGGUGAGCAGGCGAUGAAGCGCACAAUGAUUCUGACUACUGAUGAUGAGAAACUCGUCGUUAAACAGAAACCUGAAAAUGAAUAUAUUCAAGAAAUAUCUACAGAAUGUGGAGCAUGCCUUCAACUUACACAAAAUACACAAUGCUCUCAAAUACUUCAAAAAGUGGAUGAAAUAAUCACUCGUAGUGGAUUUAAGGAGACACAACAGAGCUCAUCACUGAAUCAAGUGGACAAACCAAGUGUAUUUAGCAUGUCUAAAAAUCGAAAGCUGAUCUUGGUAAUGUGUGGUUGUAAUGAGGAAAUGAAAGCCUCCAUGUCAAAGCUUUUACUGGGGAAAAAAACACCCAUAUCAGCUCAAGAGUCCACAGUGUGUGUGUGGAGUGAUGUUGAGCUUCAUGGACGUCUGAUCAGUCUGGUGGAGUUUCCAGCUCUCAGUCAGCUCUCAAAGGAGGAAGUGAUGCAUCAGACUCUCCACUGUGUGUCUCUCUGUGAUCCUGGAGUUCAUGUUUUCCUCCUCAUUGUUCCUGCUGCUCCACUUACUAAUGAAGAAAGAGAAGGAAUAGAGAAGAUCCACAGCAUAUUCAGCUCAAGAGAACACUUCCUUCUGAUUUUCAUCACAUGUCUCCAUAUUAAAGAAAAUGCGACAGAGUUUGUCAAAUCCAGCCCAGAAUCUCAGAGGUUAAUCAGUCUCUGUGGAGGUCAUUACAGAGUGAUGGGGUUAAAGGAACCUGAAAACUCAGGACAGAUCCCAGAUCUACUGGAUUAUAUAGAGAACAUGAAGACUGAACCAUAUUCACUUCAGAUGUAUGUGAAAGCUCAAGAGAACAAAGUCAGAUGUGAAACAAAGGAAGAACUGAAGAAAAUGAAGAUUGAAAAGCAGAAGCUUACACCAGAGGUGGGCAGAAGUUGUCCAGAUGUCAGUCGUCCCAUCAUGUGUGAUCUGAGGAUUGUUCUGCUGGGGAAGAAUGUGACUGAAAACAGUCGAGUGAGAAACUUAAUCUUGGGGGAAAAUACAUUUGAAAGUGAAGCUUCUUCAGCUGAGAGGAAGCUCCAGCAGCACAGGCAGGGAGUCGGAGGAAGACUGAAAGACAGAUAUGUGACCGUUAUCAACAGUCCUCAGCUGCUCCAGACACAUCUGUCACUCCAUCACAUCACACAGACAGUGAGAGAGUGUGUGAAUCUGUCUGAUCCAGGACCUCAUGUGUUCAUACUCGUACUGCAGCACAAUGGCUUCACUGAGGAGGACAGAUACAGAGUGAAAAUUGUCCUGAAAGAAUUCAGUGAAGAGGCAAUUAAACGCACCAUAGUGAUCACAACUGAUGGAGAGUCAUACAGAUCAUAUAUUAGUUAUUAUUUUGUCAAUAAAUCGAUUCAUCAGUUAAUAAAGGAGUGUGGAGGAGUACAACUGCAUCUUGAUGAAAGAAAACCAGGAUGGCGUUCUGAGAUAUUCGAGAUGGUUGAUAAGAAACUCAAGGAAAACCAGGAAGACUAUCUUAAAUGUGACGUAUUUCAUGAUGUUAAAGGAACACCAAUGGAUGAAGAGCAGAACAGAUCAGAGGAAGAAAAUGACCACAGAGAUGAUCAAAAACCCGAAGAGGGACAGAAAGAGAGAAGUGAUGAAGUGUCAGCAAAUGUCUCUGGAAAACAGAAGCUGAACCUGGUUCUGUGUGGAAGAGAUACAACACUGAAGGACUCUGUGUCAAAACUUGUACGAGGGAAACAUCUAAAACCUUUACAUGAGAGAGCAAACACAGAAGAGUGUGUGAAGAGAGAGCAGAAGAUUCAUGGACGUCAGAUCAGUCUGGUGGAGCUUCCAGCUCUUAAUUGGCUCUCAGAAGAGGAAGUGAUACGUCAGACUCUCAACUGUGUGUCUCUCUGUGAUCCUGGAGUUCAUGUUUUCAUCCUCAUUAUUCCGGUUGGGCCUCUAACUGAUGAAGACAAAGCAGAAAUAGAGAAGAUUCAGAGGAAAUUUGAUUCCAGAGAGCACUUAAUACUGCUCUUCACAACAGAGCUCACUGCUGAAGAAUUUGCAACAGAGUUUGUAAAAUCCAGCCCAGAAUCUCAGAAGUUAAUCAGUCAUUGUGGAGGUCAGUACAGAGUGAUGGGGUUGAAGGAACCUGAAAACUCAAGACAGAUCCCAGAACUACUGGAUUAUAUAGAGAACAUGAAGACUGAACCAUAUUCAUCACAGAUGUAUGUGAAAGCUCAAGAGAACAGAGCUAGACAGGAACUUGAGGAACAACAUAUGAAACAACUGAGUGAAAUGGAGAACAAAAUCAAAGAGUUAGAGCAGAAGAUUCAGUCAGAUGGUGCUGAAGGUGAAGAGGAUGAUCAGGGGUGCUUGAGGAUUGUGCUGAUCGGCAGGACAGGAAAUGGAAAGAGUGCAACAGGAAACACAAUUCUGGGAAGAAAGGAGUUUGAAAGCAAAUUAAACCCCGAUUCAGUGACGACAGUUUGUGAGAAGGGAGUUGGUGAAGUUGAUGGUCGAUCAGUAGCUGUUGUUGAUACUCCAGGACUCUUUGACACAACAUUGACAAAUGAUCAAGUGGUGGAAGAAAUAAUGAAAUGUGUUUCACUGUCAUCACCUGGACCUCAUGUGUUUGUCAUUGUGUUGAGUUUAGGAAGAUUCACCAAGGAAGAAACAGACACUAUAGAUCUGAUAAAGAAGAUCUUUGGCCCAAAAGCUGCUCAGUUCAGCAUCGUUCUGUUCACUAGAGGAGACGAUCUCGAGGGUGAAUCUAUAGAGGUUUAUGUGGAGAGAAAUAACAAUCAAGAACUAAAGAAACUGAUCAGAGAUUGUGGAAACAGAUUCCUGGUUUUCAAUAACAGAGAAAAACAAGACAAAACUCAAGUGAUUCAACUGUUAAACAUGAUAGAAGAGUUGAAAAAUACUAAUGAGGGUCGAUACUUCACUAACAGCAUGUUUGAGGAGGCAGAGAUGUCCAUUAAAAAGAGAAUGGAGGAAAUAAUGAAAGAGAAAGAGAGAGAAAUUCAGGCUCAAAAUGAGGCAUUAAAAGCCAAAUAUGAGACAGAAAUGGAAGCGCUCAAGAAGAGACUUGAGGAAGAGAAAGCAAAAGCAGAAGAGGAAAGAAAACAAAGAGAGAAUGAGUUCAGAGAAAAAGAGGAAAAACUGAUAAAAGAUUUUGAAGAAAAACACAAAAUAGAACAGAAGAAACGAGAGAUGGAGAACGAGAAACGAUUAGAGGAGGAAAAACAGCAAAAAGUUGAAUAUCAUACAAAAAUUGAGGAAAUGAAGAGAGAGAUUGAAAAACAGAGAUUACAGUAUGAAAAACAGCAAAAAGAAAGAGAAGAAGAAGAUAGAAAGAGAGAAGAGAAAUACAGACAAGAUCAAGAAAAGAUGAAAAAUGAACAAGCACAAAUUAUAGCAGAAUUACAGAUGAAACAAGAAGAAGAAAUAAAAAAGAGGGAAUCUGAGGAGAAAAUGAGGAAUAAAGAAGAAGAGGAGGAGAGACAGAGAUGGAUAAGAAAAAUAAAAGAGGCUGAAAAUGACAAAAAAGAGAUUCAAGAGGAAAUUAAACGACAGCAGAGAGAAUGGGAGGAUAAAAAUAAACAACAGAUGAAAGAACGAGAAGAAGAGGAAAGAAAGAGAAAAGAGAAACAUGAAGAACAACUAAAAGAAAAACUAGAAGAACUGGAGAAAAUGAGAAAGAGAUUUGAAAGAGAGAGAGAAGAAGAAAGACAGAAGAUAGAGGACGAGCGACAGAAACAAAGAAGAGAGAGAGAACAAAAAGAGAAAGAAUAUGAGGAAAAGACAACUGAAAUGAAAAGACAUUAUGAACAACUGGAGCGAGAGAGAAAAGAGGAGUGGGAGAGAAGAAAACGAGAAGAUGAUGAGAGACGAGAAGAAGAGAGAAAGAGAUGGAAGAAAAUGAUUGAAGAUCUGAAACAAGAGCAAGAAAAAGAGAAAAAGAGAAGAGAAACAGAGGAGAAUGAGAGAAAAGAAACAGAAGAGAAAAUGCAAGAGAAAAUGAAACAGAAACAUGAAGAGGAAAUAAAAUACAUGAAGAGGAAACAUGAAGAUGAAGCCAGAAAACAAGCAGAAGAAACAAAUGAAUUAAAAGGGAGAAAAGAAGAGCUCCAACAUAUGCUGGAAGAACAUCAGAAACAACAGAAAUUACUGGAAGAACUCUUUAAACAACUGAAAGACCAGAAAGAAAGGGAAAUAAAAGAGCUGCAAGAAGAAGUUAAAAAACUCUGUCAAAGGUUACAAGACCAAAAAGAAAAAGAUACGAAUGAGUUAAAAAAACAAGCUGAAGCAAUCAAUGACCACCUGAAAGACGAGAAAGGAGAAAGAAUCAGGGCACGACAAGAAGUUAAAAAACUCUGUCAAAGCCUACAAGACCAGAAAGGAGACAAAAUAAAAGAGAUACAACAAGAAGGUGAAAAACUCAAUCAACACCUGCAAGACAAGGGAGAGGAACAUUUAAACAAGCUCAAAACAGAAACUGAAGAGAGGAAGAAAAAAUGUGUCAUUCUGUGAUUUUCACAGCAUUUUAAAGAAUUAAUAUUUUUGUUAUGGAAAAUUGUUGAGUCCCAAACUGAACUCAAAUCAGCUGAGCAGAGGAAUGAGGGAAAAGUUGUGGCCAGGCAAAUGUCAGAGCUGAAGAUACAGUCUAGUUGUUUAACCCUCCUGUGCUGAGAUCUUGAGAGAUUUAAUGUCUUUUCAGAUGAUUUCAUCUAAAGCUGGACAUACAUACAUAUAUUUUUUUGUGCUCAUACUAAUUGCAGCUAGUUUGAUAGCUACUAAAGAACUUAAAUAUCUUCCUCUCCCUCUUGCUGCUUUAAAGAUGCAUAGUGAGGCAUAGUAAGGGAAAAAACACUGAGUUUAGGGCAAUUGGGGGGGGGGGGGCGACCAAAAUUUUUGACAUGUCAGAAAUUCAUCCGACCAUCCAACUGCCAGUUGGGAAAGGUUAUUCUACUCUAGGUUCACCCUGUACACUGCACAAACACUGCACGACAAACAAUGCACAACAAAGCUGAAAUAUGGCCCAACUCAAAAAAAGAGUCUAACACAAGUUAGAAUUUGUCUAAAAAUCUGACAAAAAUCGCACAGUUUAUGCCUGGCUUAAGGCUAAGUGAAUUGUAGUUCUUGUUGUUUCUCUUUCCUUCAGUGAUUCAGUUUGUUAUUAUCAGGUGUUCAUUACUAUGGUCAGUCAUCACUCAAUUGAUCACUUAAUUAUCUAUUUAACUAUAAAACUGCUUUAGUGUCACUUUUAACACCUUGCUAGUGGUUACCGUAUAAACACUUUGUGGUGUUAGGGGAUUUUGAUGUGUAACAUUCAGUGCGUUUACAUGCACCCUCAUAAUGUGAUUAUAAUGGGAUUUUAGCAAUAUUGAGAUUAAACUUUACCUCACGUAAAGGCAAAACUUCGAUCAAACGAAAGCAAUUAAGCUCAUAAUUGUAGUGACUAUAAUUGCUUUAACCCUUUGAUGCGUACGAUCACACCAGUGUGAUCAGUCUUGGCUGGCCCCAGGAGUGUACGAUCACACAGGUGUGAUCAGUCUUGGCUGGCCCCAGGAGUGUACGAUCACACAGGUGUGAUUAGAACGUUCAGCGCCUCACGUGAUCAACUGCCAAAUUCAAAUGUGCUUGCGCGCUUUGGCUGGCGCUAAACCAGAGACGGACGUGCGCAAUGCUUUCAUAUAUCACAUAUAUGCAGUGUUUUCAACCAAAUAAUAUUUAUUUUAGGUUUCAGACAUUUAAAUACACAUGAGUACUAAGAAACCAAUAUAUUUAGAGUUUGUAUAAUACACACUGAUGUCUAUGGAAGCGGAAAUAACAAUCCUUUCCAUUAUAAUUAGACGACACGUUUUAUUCAUAUCAGAUACACAUUGUGAAAGUAACUUUAAAGUUUACUCGAUUCUUCCCCAGUUCACCGUUACUUUCAUGUAUUUCAGGAGAAGUGGAUGAAUUCAGUUGUUGUAAAUCCAACAGAUCUGAUUCUCUGUGCGGCGCAAACUAACAUGGCGGCGCCCAUCGCGCAUAUGGCUCAACUAACGCGACCGUUAUAAAGGUGUUUAGCUAACAAAUUUGUAAACAUAUUUUGAAUAAAAAAGGAAAAAUUAAAUAAAAGCAGAUCAUCAGUCAUACAGUGCUGUGGUGUGUUAUGUGACAAGCAAUGACGUGUCACCAUGGAAACAAUAAAGUGAUACAUUCUAAAUAAUGGUCACCUUAAAAAAACUCACUCUGGGGAGUCAGCCAGAAUAUUUUAAACUUACGUGCGAAAGGGUUAAAUUAUAGUGUGAGCCGAUUUUAAUUGCAAUAAACAGGCAUGUAAAUGUUCUAUUACGAUUGUUCUCUGAGUGAAGAUACUAUCUCUCCAUUACAUAUUCCAUUUGUAUGGGAAUUUGAUCCUCCAUAUCUGGUGACGUGGAUACUCUUUAAGACAAUCCGGCUGUGCUGUUCACACCCUAUUUAGUGCCCUAUGAAACUUCAUUGCAAUACUUUGAUCGGAACAUGUCCCAGAGCGGCCUCAAGGUGGAGAGAUAGUCUCUUCACUCAGAGAACAAAGGCUAUAUCGUAACCAAACGUAUCGUAUAGAGACUAUCUCUCCAUUACAUAUUCCAUAUGUACGGGAAACUCUGUAAGACACCCCACGAAGGGACGGUGCAGUGACAAACAAACUAUAUACAAUAUUUACGAUCUUGAGCCAGGUGCCAGAUGCUACCAAUGGCUCACCUGCUCUGAAUAUGCAAGAAUGGAGGGCAGAGGCCUUGUUUAUCUAACCUUGCUAAUGCAAGAAUGACAGCUCAUCUGGACCUGAAGACCAGUUUAGAUGAUAUGUUCAUUUCUAGUUGCUCUCAGCACCAACUCCCCAAAGAUUGAUUGAUCCGGGAAGCUCGAAUCUGUGAAUAUAUUGCCAACUUUACUGAACUCCUUAGGUUAAGCACUGAUCACAUUUCUUUAUAUUUGAGUCCAAGAAGUUCAAAUUCUAUGAGCCGUGCAUUAUUUGUUUGCAUUAUUAACGUAUGGAGCUGACUGAAACACUACUACCAGCCAGCGGGACAUUAAAGAGGAAGUGUUUGUCCAAACUCUCAACAGGUUUUGCAAGGGAACGCAAAUAUCUUUGUGUGGGAAUGCAAAAGUUUUGCGAGGGAGCAAAAUGGGACCUAAUAGGACCUAAAACACGUUCAAAUGAUUGUCAAACUUUGCAAUUAAUCCGAGAAUCACGUGCGUUUUGAACUAAUUUUUUGUAUGGAUUAACAAUCCCCACAAGACAUUGCACAUCCUGCGAUGAGACUAUUGCGGAUGCACACAUCAUGAUAUCGAUGCUAAAACAAUAUAUUGUGCUGAUCUACUUAAAAGAAUUAAAAGUUGUUUUUUUUGUUUUUUGUUUUUUGUUUUUUUAUUUGAACAACUUCAAUAUAUAAACUCAAGUAGGGAACAACAACAUGCAUAUGAAAAUAUACACAAAUGACAAGUAAUUAAAUCUCCAUUUGUAUAUCUGUGCAUAAAGACCUAUGCUUAGAUAGGUUCAUGUGUACAAAAUAAACAACAGCAUGUUAGCACAAUAAACAGGCAAAGAAAAUAAAUAAAAAUAAAUAAAAAAUAAAGCACCUACAAAAUCUUAGAAGGAAAGAGACUCAUGCAAGACUUUAUACAAUUCACCAAGGGAUUGAUUAUCUUUGGAUAAAUAUUUUAUGGAUGCUAAAUAAUUUUUACAUUCAUUUUUAAAACAAGUUAAAGAGGGUUUACUGUUAUUCCAUUUGCUUUUAUGUAUAUGAAAUUUACCCAUAGUAAUAAUAACAUUUAACAUCAAUGAUAUCUUUUUUGAGGGACCAUAUACAUAAAUCAAAACCUGAAAUAAAUUUAGUAAAGGAAUUUCAGUACCAACAUUAAGCCAUCUGUAAAGAUCCUGCCAGAACUGCAAUGUGACCGGACAAGAAAAAAAUAAAUGUUCAAUGGUUCCAGGCUCUUCUGAGCAGAAUCCACAGAAAUCUACUUCAAAACGGAAUCUUUUCCAUAAAGUUUCAGCAGCAGGAUAAACAUUAUUGAUGAUUCUAAACUGAAUAACCUUCAUUUUAGGUACAAUUGGCCAUUUAAGAUAAUAACAGUACUUGUUUCUAAAUAUUUCAUUAUCAUAAAUUUAAACUUUUGCUGGUGUGUUGAAAUCAUAGAAUAAUUUACAUUUUAGUACAUUCCCUAUUACUUUGUUAUUACACUUUUUAUCCCCAAUGUACACUUCUCCAAUCUUCAACUCGGGCAAUUUAACAGAUACAUUUGAAUAUGUAAGGGUGUUUUGUAUUAGCUGUUUCAAUGAGAGAGGGAUUGCUUUACACACACUAUUGAAUUCUCUAAAAGAACAUUAUAUCGCAAAUUUCUCCAUAAAUUAAUUAUAUUGAAUAAACUGACCAGAUUCAUCUAUCAAAUCAACCACAUAUAAAACUUUUUUUCUCGUACCACUCCUGUUUGAAUAAUGUCUUCCUAUUUAUCGUGAUGGUCCUAUUAUUCCACUGGGUGGAACCAUGUGGUGUGAAGUUGUUGGUAAAUAUCAUUUUCCAGUAUUGCAAUAUCUGCUUGUGGAAAUUUGAAAGCUUAAUAGGCAAUUUAGAAAUCUCAAAAUCACAUUUCAUCAAAAAUUCUAAUCCUCCUACUCUUUUGAAUAAACACUUUGGUAUAUGAAACCACAUUGAAUUAGGCUGUGUUAAAUAUGAUUUUAUCCAAUUCAGUUUGAGUACUCCAAUCAUUGAUUCAAAUUCAGUGGCUUUCAGACCUCCAUUUUUAUGGUCUUUAAUCAUCUGGGACUUUUUAAUAUAAUGAGUUUUGUUUUUCCAUAUAAAAUUAAACAUUACAGAGUUAACCUUUUUAAUUAGUUUAGGGGAAACAUAAAGAGAAUAAGAUGGGUAGAUUAGUUUAGAUAUUGUCAGGGAAAAACACGGAUUCAAUUGCAGGUAACAGAAAAGUUUUAUUUUGCUCUCACUGAGCACAGGGGGAAAAAACAACAGGAACACAAGAGAGAGAACGUCCAAAACAAGGUCCUAGCGUCGCUUGUGACGUAGCGUGGAAGUCACUCUGCCUAGAGCGCUGUCCGUGACGCAGCGUUGAAGUCUCACCAAGCUCCAGGUGAGAGCGUUGAGAAUGCAGAGAGGGGCUGGAGCAAUGCAUCCAAGUCUCAAAGGACACAAAGAUAGCCAGGGCAGGGAGGAGAACAAAAAGUCUGGCGGAAUGAGAAAGAACUGUUCAAAACAAAAGAAACAAAACAGAACAGCACUUGGAGCCUAAUAGACACAACACGGCAAGACUAGGCAAACAAGAAGUGAAGGUCACGAGCGAAGUGUUAGCUCAAACAUACAACAACGGUCUGACAAAAGACUGAGUACAAGGGAAUCUAAAAUAGGGGAAAGCAGAUGAGGGAUAAGUGGCAACAGGUGAGACCGAACACAAUUAAGGAUAAGGAUAACGAGUGGGAGGGGAAAACGCCACACUGACAGCAGAGCACAUGGAGAGCUGUCAAAACAAAGCUGAUGAGCUUAAAGACAACAGGGCACGCAGACACAGAGACAAGACAACAAAACAUGGCAAAUCAGACCGAAGUCAUGACAGAUAUGCCUUCUGCUUUUGUCAAAAGGAUUCUGCCCAUAAUGGACAGAUCUCUCAUAAGCCAGUGAUUAAGAGAUUUUUUCAUACUAUCUAUUCUGUCCUCUACGUUUACUAGUUCAUUUUGAUUUUGAAUCUUUAGAUAUUGUUAAACCAAGGUAUUUCACUUCAGAUUUACCUGGAAUGGAUUCUAUACUUUCCUCAUCACAUGAAUACAGUGGUAACAGUUCACAUUUUGUUUAGAUUUAAGCAUAGGCCAGAUGCCCUUGAAAAAACUGAAAUAAUGCUUAAGGCUUUCUCAAUUAUAGAUUUGUCUUUUAAAAAAAUUACUGUGUCAUCAGCAAAUUGACUAAUUCGAUACUCAUAAUCAAAAAUGGUUAAACCUUUUAAUUGAGGAUGGUUGACAAUUAAGUAAGCUAACAUUUGAGUACAAAGUAUAAACAAUUUGGGGGAAAUUGGACAACCCUGUCUGAUUCCAUGUAAGAUCUCAAUUCUAGGAGUCAUUCCAGGAUUGAGGGAUAUAUAACUAAAUAUUAUUAUAUAAACUUGCAAAACCCUUCCCCAAAACCAAACUUUUUAAGUGUUGUAAAUAUAAAUUCAUGUUCCAAGGUAUCAAAUGCUUUAAAGAAAUCUAUAAAUAAAAUAAGGCUAUCUGAUUGUAUCAUGGAAUUAUAAUAGAUCAUAUCCAGUACUAGUCUAAUAUGAUUUUGGAUAUAUCUUCCCUUAAUGAAUGCUGACUGAAACUCCUCUACAAGUUUACCAAGUACAAUUUUUAAACGAUUAGCAUAUACCAAGGCAAGUAAUUUAUAAUCGGUGCAUAAUAGAGUUAUCGGUCUCCAAUCAUCUAAUGACAGUAGUUGUUUCUUGGGUUUAGGCAGCAAGGUUAUUAAUCCUAUUUUCAUUGUAGGUGAUAAACUCUCUUUCUGAAUACAUUCUAAAAAUGCAUUAAAUAAUUUCCUUAUAUCCUUCUAAAAAUGUUUUAAAAAUUCUGUUGACAAACCAUCAAUACCUGGUGAUUUGCCGUUUUUCAUUUGUUUUAAUGCCACAUCCAUUUCCGCUAAAGUCAACUCAUCAUCAAUUAAAAAUAUGCCUUCUUAGUUUAAUUUUUUGAUAUUAUCUCUAAUAUUUUCAAAUAAAGAAUCACAAUCCGCCUUUUUGUAUUUAGAUUUGUAAAUGUUACGAUAGAAAAGCCAAAUUUCAUUCUGAAUUUCUUUUUGAUCUUCAAUUAUAGUAUCAUUAAUCUCAAGCUUAGUCAUUUUUUUCUUUGUUUGUCUUUGUUUUUCAAGGCCGAAAAAAAUAUGAUGAACUUUUUUCUCCUUUUUCAAUCCACCAGGCUCUUGAACGGACAUAAGCUCCAUUUGCUUUUUCUGAAUACAUCUCAUCUAAUUGAGAUUGCAAGACUUGUAGUUUUGCUGUGUUUUCUGGUGAUAGUUGUGUAUUAACUGCCAAUAAAUUUAU